AGUGAGCUGCCAUAAAUCCUUGAUUCCGCUCUCUCCAGUGAGAACURAUGAGGUUUUGAGGAGAGURUCCAUCUGAGCUUACAACGCUACAGUCUACUUUGGUUUGAAAAAGAUGAUGAAGAAAAUUCAUGAGCAUAAWUGUCAAAAUUUCUUGUUGCACAGAUUCACUUCAAACUCUGCUCCGUCCGCCAUAUUGAUUAUUACCCAARUACCUUUGCAGCGCGUGUUGGUUCCAGGCUUUUCGCGCGGAAUUCAAAAUGGCGCGAUACAUCGAGGAGGUGCAAGAUCUGCCUUCAAAAUGCUUGUCUCAAAUGGCAGAGAUUGUCGAAACAGUGUUAAAAUUGUUGCCGGGAAGGAGUUUGGAGUUUGCGGCGUUGGUGUGUAAAUUGUGGAGCGAAAUAGUGAACAGAAUUCGCAGAACUCGCCGUGAAUUUUUAACUCUAACUCAAGCAGUGGAAUGUGCAAGCUACAAACCAAUUAUUGACUUUUCAGACGACUUAAUCAACGUAGCUAAUGAACCACAAGCUGCUUUAUUAUUUACUUCAAGAGUUUCUACAUUUUCUGAAAUACCCUGCUAUAARAAGGAGUUUACAAAGCARCUAAAACUWAAUGUGCAAAACCUCCCAAGAAAGUGCACYCUGAUUGGCUGCACUGGUCUUUGGGUAGAUCAACUUGGAAGGGAACAGCCUGAUGUUGAGAUCUUAGAGGAGGAUGGAAGAAAGUAUGGKGUAAAGAAUUCAAUGGUUUUAAUCCCAAGGGUUGAUGGYGUUCAGUCAUGCGGCUUUCAUUUACCAUUACGUGACAAGUAUAAGAGUAUAAGUGGAAUGGCGUCAUUUCUUCCUAAAAUGAAUCUACCUGUGAAGUUAGUAAUUGCACUGGUGCAUCCAGUGUCUCUUGGAAAACUUACUGGUUUUGCUGUGAGAACAAAGAAAGAAUAUGGAGAACAGACUGUCAUUAUUGGAGUMUACUCRGACUGUGCACUUUUUCACUCCACCAACGUAACUUAUAAUGAAAUUGUYGGGCUUGUUCUUGCUGGRAAUUUGAAAACUUCUUCUAUAAUAAUCAAUGGCUCAGGACAAAAUGAAGUUUUAGAAAACUUGCACAAAGGACUUGUGAGACUUAAAUCUUCUGGGAUGCCCACAGAGAAUGCAAUUGGGAUAAUCUUUUCAGCACCUUCACAUUUGCGGAUAUUAAAACAAAGUGGACUUAUGAAAUGCAAAGCUUUUCAGCAUCACUUYSCUGGGGUUCCUGUGGUAGUUGUUUAUGGCACAGCUGUGUACGGUUGUGAUACGGUUGAAUUGGACAAAACUGGGAGGAGGUCAGGUGGAAGAGAUUUUCUUCACACUGGAUCGUCUGUGCUUUGUAUGUUGUCUUUUAAAAAUUGAAGUUUUUUAAAAUGGUCUUUAAUUCAUUCAUUUAUUAAAAAAACGUUUGAUGUAAAAACUUGAAUUCAAUUAAUGCACUAAAAAU